AAUAAUAAAUCCGGUUUAAUUUUUGUAUUUUCAGGUUCAUUCUUGAUUUUGUAUUGAUGAUCUUACCCAUGAUUCUCAGCUGUACCAUUGCUAGUGAGCAUGUGCAGCAUAUCUUGAUGGUGUUAGUAGUCGCAGCUGUUAUGCUGUACAUAAUAAAACGUGAUCGUUUAGAAUCAUCGGUGCAUUCCUAUCUAGAAUCCUUUCAGCAUCAAAAGUUGCCAUUUGUGUCUUCACUGCGUCUGUGCGUCCUCUUCUCAACAACUAUUUCCAUAUUAGCCGUUGAUUUUCACAUAUUUCCUAGGCGGUUAGCUAAGACAGAGACUUUCGGUGUUAGUCUAAUGGACGGUGGUGUCGGAAUGUUUGUAUUCAUUAAUGGCUUAGUGUCAUCAGAAGCUAGGUCUAAAGCUCCAAUUAGUGG